AGAAAUUGAAGGACGGGGGAUACUCUGUUUCACGCGGUUUUGAGCUCCUCACAUCACGUAUUUGAACGGUUAACUCGUAAAGCGACCACAAGUUGUAUUUUUAUUUCAAAGGGAGAUAUCCAAACUGUGAACUUCAGACUAACCAUGUUUUUCAAAGCAGUUGUCGUUUUGACAUUGCUUGGACUGUAUACUGCGGCUGCUAUCCCGUUCAAUGGGAGCGUGCGGACUUUCUCUGGGUUCUUUCUGACCGUGACCGACGAGCCCAUCGAAUUUCUGGAUGUUCAGGAAGGUAGCGCGUCUGGGUUUAGCUCAGAAUCCACGCGGGAGCGCAAGCCCCCGGUGACCAAGAAGCACUACUACAUCUCAAAAGAGGCCUCGCAGUUCCUCACGGGUUCCCUGGUGACGGCGUUCAUUCCCUCGGUGUACGUCCUGGUGUUCAUCAUCAGCGUACCGCUCAACGGUGCCGCCGUCUUCAUGUUCGUGCGCAAGAUCCGGCCGAAGAAGCCGGCGGCCAUUUACAUGCUGAACCUGGCGGUGGCCGACCUGCUGUUCGUGCUGCUGCUCCCCUUCAAGAUGUCCUAUCACUUCAACGGCAAUAACUGGGUGUUCGGGUCUUGGACGUGCCGCCUCGUCACUUCCGCCUUCUACUGCAACAUGUACUGCUCCAUCCUGCUUAUGAUGUGCAUCAGCGUGGACCGCUUCCUGGCCGUGGUCUACCCCAUGGAGUCGCUGAGCUGGCGCAGCCAGCAGAACGCCAUGGCGGCGUGUGGGGCCAUGUGGCUGCUGUCUGUCGCCGGGGUGAUGCCCAUCUUCCUGUCCGAGCAGACCAUCCGCCUGCCCGAGCUGGGCAUCACCACCUGCCACGACGUGCUGGACGUGGAGCAGCAGCGCGGCUACUACCUCUACUUCUUCCCCAUCUUCUGCGCCGUCUUCUUCUUCAUCCCGCUCAUCUUCACCACCGUCUGCUACCUGCGCAUCAUCCAGGCGCUGGGCGCCGCCGGCAUGUCCGACCCCUCCAAGCGGAGCCGGGCCGUCUUCAUGGCCGCCACCGUGCUGGCCGUCUUCGUGGUCUGCUUCACGCCCACCAACGUCAUCCUGCUGGCGCACUACGUGCAGUUCGCCCACCACCACAGCGACGGCUCCUACGCCGCCUACCUGCUCUCCAUGUGCAUCGGCACCGUCAGCUGCUGCCUGGACCCGCUCCUCUACUACUUUGGCUCGUCCCAGUGCCGCAAGCAGGUGGCCGGCUUCCUGCGGUGCCAGGCCACCCCGGCGCUGGAGCGGAGCACCCAGUCCAGCAGCACCAGGACCAGCAAGAUGGAGACCUUCCAGAGUAACCUGAGCAGCCAGUACAAGAAGCUGGUGGCCUGAUGGCACAGCGAGCUCACUGACUGCAUCUUGGACAUCAGUCUUAUUACGUAAAGCUCACAUGCCAAGAAUCGACAUCAUUCCAACAGGAGACUAUUCCUGUGCCAGUCCAUCUUACGUGCAAUUUGUAGCAUCUGCUAUGGUCAGCAUUAGGGGUGGACUGUCUGCAUGUUGUGGAAGCGUCAUUCUAAUAUGCACAUCCUCAGUGGAAUUAUCAUACUAGACAUCCACGAUGCAUGAUGAAGGAUAGAAAUGUGUGCAGUAUUACCUAAAUGUAUUACUACUAGUACAUUAUAAGUGUUAUAAUUCGAGGGUCUGGUUACCCUGAUCAGUUGGUAUUAUCACAUUUACUGGCCAGUGUUAAGCAUACGGAUGUGAAAUGGAAGUGCUUUUGAAGACAGCAAAAGGCUGGCCUGGUUUACUCAUUUUGUGACGGCCUGGGUGGUUAUCGACAUGGGAACAAGUCACACAAUGACUGUUUUUAAAAGCAGUUUUGAUUUACAUUCUAUGGCUGUAGUUGCAUUAGCGCAAAUGCUUACGCGUCAUAGUUAUUUCUAUGUUUAUGUGGUUUGGGCUUUAUGGUUAUGUAUCCAGUUCUGUACAGUUCCCAAGGGUUAUAGAAACUCCCUUCACUUAACAUUACAGUACCAGUCUAUUCACAUGACAUAUCAGUGUGCUGCCUUAUUUUUCUGGAAGCUUGUGUAAUAUUGUUUGUGCAGGUCUUCACGAAUAGCUAAAUGUUUUUUUUUUCAUUACUGCUUUUAAUAUUUCAAAUUGACCACAUAUCAGCCUAUAUUAAUGUAAGUGCUGUGCUUUGUUGAUUGUUUAUAUAUUCCUGUGAGAUUGAAAGCAUUACAGUAUUAUAUGCCUCUAUACUUACUGGCGUAAUUAUUUAGACAUAGGAGACGGUUGGAUUUAGGUCACAACUGGCCUCUAUAAAAACCUGAUCCACUAGCAGUCAAACCUGCCUGCCAGAGUCAAAGGUCAAAGUCCUAUGUUUCAUCAUAAAGUUUCACUCACAAAAUUAUUUUGAUAGCAUGCAGCAAAUGUCUGUUAUCAACAGAAAAUGGCUCUUAAGAUAGAUCCAUGAUGCACUCAUCAUUUUACAACCUCUCCCUAAAGUGCUC